GGCUGCGCCUGCGCAGUGCGCGCCGCGGGCCUGGUUCCAGCGGAGCUCCGGUCCUGGGCGGUCGUGGGGCCGGCGUGGUCAGUCGGCUCUGGGAGCGCAGAGGCGACGGGCCGGGGCGCGGCCUGCAGGAUGCCUGAGAUCAGGGUCACCCCGCUGGGGGCCGGCCAGGAUGUGGGCCGAAGCUGCAUCCUGGUCUCCAUUGGGGGAAAGAACGUCAUGCUGGACUGCGGGAUGCACAUGGGCUUUAACGAUGACAGGCGCUUCCCUGACUUUUCCUACAUCACCCGCAACGGCCGACUGACUGACUUCCUGGACUGCGUGAUCAUCAGCCACUUCCACCUGGACCACUGCGGGGCGCUCCCCUACUUCAGCGAGAUGGUGGGCUACGACGGGCCCAUCUACAUGACCCACCCCACGCAAGCCAUCUGCCCCAUCCUGCUGGAGGACUACCGCAAGAUUGCCGUGGACAAGAAGGGCGAGGCCAACUUCUUCACCUCCCAGAUGAUCAAAGACUGCAUGAAGAAGGUGGUGGCUGUCCACCUCCACCAGACAGUCCAGGUGGAUGAUGAGCUGGAGAUCAAGGCCUACUAUGCAGGCCACGUGCUGGGGGCAGCCAUGUUCCAGAUUAAAGUGGGCUCAGAGUCUGUGGUCUACACGGGUGAUUAUAACAUGACCCCAGACCGGCAUUUGGGAGCCGCCUGGAUUGACAAAUGCCGCCCCAACCUGCUCAUCACAGAGUCCACGUACGCCACGACCAUCCGGGACUCCAAGCGCUGCCGGGAGCGAGACUUCCUGAAGAAGGUCCAUGAGACUGUGGAGCGUGGUGGGAAGGUGCUGAUCCCCGUGUUUGCACUGGGCCGCGCUCAGGAGCUCUGCAUCCUGCUGGAGACUUUCUGGGAACGCGUGAACCUGAAGGCCCCCAUAUACUUCUCCACGGGCCUCACGGAGAAGGCAAACCACUACUACAAGCUCUUCAUCACCUGGACCAACCAGAAGAUCCGGAAGACCUUUGUCCAGAGGAACAUGUUCGAAUUCAAGCACAUCAAGGCCUUUGACCGUGCAUUUGCCGACAACCCGGGGCCCAUGGUUGUGUUUGCCACACCAGGGAUGCUGCAUGCUGGCCAGUCCCUGCAGAUCUUCCGGAAGUGGGCAGGAAAUGAAAAGAACAUGGUCAUCAUGCCCGGCUACUGCGUGCAGGGCACCGUGGGCCACAAGAUCCUCAGUGGGCAGCGCAAGUUGGAGAUGGAGGGACGGCAGGUGCUGGAGGUCAAGAUGCAGGUGGAGUACAUGUCCUUCAGUGCUCACGCCGAUGCCAAGGGCAUCAUGCAGCUGGUGGGCCAGGCGGAACCUGAGAGCGUGCUUCUGGUGCACGGCGAGGCCAAGAAGAUGGAGUUCCUGAAGCAGAAGAUUGAGCAGGAAUUCCGGGUCAACUGCUACAUGCCAGCCAACGGUGAGACGGUGACGCUGCCCACGAGCCCCAGCAUCCCUGUGGGCAUCUCACUGGGGCUGCUCAAGCGGGAGAUGGCGCAGGGGCUGCUCCCCAAUGCCAAAAAGCCCCGGCUGCUGCACGGCACCCUGAUCAUGAAGGACAGCAGCUUCCAGCUCGUGUCCUCAGAGCAGGCCCUCAAGGAGCUGGGCCUGGCCGAGCACCAGCUGCGCUUCACCUGCCGCGUGCACUUGCAUGACUCACGCAAGGAGCAGGAGACGGCUGCGCGAGUCUACAGCCACCUGAAGAGCGUCCUCAAGGACCACUGUGUGCAGCACCUUCCUGAUGGCUCUGUGACCGUGGAGUCCAUCCUCAUCCAGGCCGCUGCCCACUCAGAGGACCCAGGCACCAAGGUGCUGUUGGUCUCCUGGACAUACCAGGAUGAAGAGUUGGGGAGCUACCUCACGUCACUACUCAAGAAGGGCCUGCCACAGGCCCCCAGCUGAGGCCAGCUGACUGCCAGCCAGCCAUCUCUGCCCUUUGCCCAGCUGGAGGAACCUGGGCUUCUGCUCAAAGACUGCGUCUGUGCCCCAGGUCUUGCCUCUGUGUCCUGGAUGUGAGUGGUAGCCCUUCUCCUCAGGGACAAGACCCUAGUGUCAUGUGCCUCCCUGAGUGGCCGUUUUUGGCUGAAGAAAUAAAAGGGCCUGAGGACCUCUUCA